CAUUCACGUCAGUCUCAAAUUCCUGCUCUGAGACCCUGAAUUUAGACAGAGAGAGAAGAAGAAGAAGAAGAAGAAGUAGUAGUAGUAGAAGCAGUAGAUUGUAGAAAUGUCAGUGCAAGAAUACCUGGAUAAGCACAUGCUUUCCCGAAAACUCGAAGAUGCCGUCAAUGCCGCCGUUAGGGCCAAGACCUCCGAUCCCGUUCUCUUCAUCUCCAAUCACAUGAGAAAAGCAGUGCAAUCAGUGAUCACGAGAAUCAAGGCGAGGCAGAUCCUCGAUAGCAGAGGGAUUCCAACUGUAGAAGUAGACUUAUACACUAACAAAGGCAUGUUCCGUGCUUCUGUUCCCAGCGGCAACUCCUCUGGCAUGUACGAGGCUGUUGAGUUACGGGACGGGGACAAAGGUGUAUAUCUUGGAAAUGGUGUUGCUAAAGCUGUUAAAAAUAUCAAUGAAAAAAUAUCGGAGGCACUGAUUGGUAUGGAUCCAACGCUUCAGUCUCAGAUUGAUCAGGCCAUGAUAGACCUGGACAAAACAGAGAAGAAGGGGGAACUUGGAGUCAAUGCUAUAUUAGCUGUGUCCAUUGCUGCUUGUAAAGCUGGGGCUGCUGAAAAGGAGGUUCCACUUUAUAAGCACAUUGCUGACCUGUCUGGAAAAGUCAAUCCAAUCCUUCCUGUUCCUGCCUUUACUGUUAUAAGUGGUGGAAAGCAUGCUGGGAAUAAUCUGGCCAUUCAGGAAAUCAUGGUUCUCCCAACUGGAGCAACCAGAUUUGAAGAAGCACUGCGAAUGGGCUCUGAGACCUAUCAUCACUUAAAGGCUGUUAUAACAGAAAAGUCUGGUGCUCAUGAUUGUAAUGUUGGUGAAGAUGGUGGCUUUGCUCCUAAUGUCUCCAGCUUUAGAGAAGCCCUGGAUCUUGUAAAGGAGGCCAUUAGCAGAACUGGUUAUAGUGAGAAAAUAAAGAUAGCACUUGAUGUUGCUGCUACAAAUUUUUGCAUAGGUAAAAGAUACGAUCUGGACUUUCAAUCUCCUGUAAAGCCAGUACAGAAUUUUAAGUCGGCAGAGGAUAUGAUAGAGUUGUACAAGGAACUAUGUACUGAUUACCCAGUUGUAUCAAUAGAAGAUCCUUUUGACAAGGAAGAUUGGGAACAUAUCAAGUAUUUCUCAAGUCUUGGAAUUUGUCAGGUAGUUGGGGAUGAUCUUUUGAUGUCAAAUGCAAAACGCAUUGAGAGAGCAAUAGCUGAGUCUGCUUGUAAUGCUCUUCUUCUUAAGGUCAACCAAGUUGGGACAGUUACCGAGGUCAUUGAAGUGGUGAAGCAAGCAAAGGAAGCACAUUGGGGGGUGGUAACAUCUCAUAGAAGUGGGGAAACUAUAGACUCUUUUAUAGCUGAUUUAUCUGUUGGCCUUGCUGCUGGUCAGAUUAAAGCAGGAGCUCCUUGCAGAGGAGAGCGGCUAGAAAAGUACAACCAGUUACUUCGGAUUGAGGAGGAGCUUGGAGAUCAAGCAGUUUAUGCUGGUGAAGAUUGGAGGCAAUAAGAACGAACAAUUUCUUCAGAUUGAUUUUUGAGAUAUGCUCUUCUUUUUUCAAGUUCGUGAGGUUGAAGUUCAUUACUGUACGAUAUAUAUCAGCUUCUGAUGUACUUUAGCCCUCCCUAAAGUGCUCUCUAAUCAUAUGAAAGACACUAAAACUCGAAUUAGAUUAAGUACACUAUUAACUGUCACAAGUAAAGCACUAUGUAUCAAUUUUGUUUUGUUGUAAUCAUCCAAAAAUGAUCUUGAACGCAUUGGGAUUGACACAUCACUUUGACGUGGAUUUUUUCAUGUUGACAUAUUUUUUCUUCAUCCAAUCAAACC